GACGGAACGGCCCUCAUCCCUCGACUAGUCAUAAGACAAUCUCCCCCGUCGUUGUCGAACUAUUGUCACUUCAACCUCCCUCUUGGCUGCACUGUUGCAGCUCGUAGCUCGGCGGAGGAACUAAGAUGACGCUAGAAAUCGAAGCUCGAGAUGUCAUAAAGAUAGUGCUUCAAUUUUGCAAAGAGAACUCAUUGCACCAGACAUUUCAGACUCUACAGAAUGAAUGCCAGGUUUCUCUGAAUACUGUAGACAGCAUUGAGACAUUUGUAGCUGAUAUCAACAGUGGCAGGUGGGAUGCAAUAUUGCCUCAAGUGGCCCAACUUAAGCUUCCCCGGAAUAAAUUGGAAGAUCUCUAUGAGCAGAUAGUUAUAGAAAUGAUUGAACUUCGAGAAUUGGACACUGCACGAGCUAUUUUAAGGCAAACUCAGGCAAUGGGUGUUAUGAAGCAGGAGCAACCUGAAAGAUACUUGAGGCUGGAGCAUCUCCUAGUCAGAACUUACUUUGACCCCAAUGAGGCUUAUGGAGAUUCAACUAAAGAGAAACGCCGUGCACAAAUUGCUCAAGCUCUCGCUGCUGAAGUUACUGUUGUUCCACCUUCGCGAUUAAUGGCUCUAAUUGGUCAGGCUCUAAAGUGGCAGCAACACCAAGGUUUGCUUCCUCCAGGAACACAGUUUGAUCUAUUUCGAGGAACAGCUGCUAUGAAACAAGAUGUAGAUGACACAUACCCGACAACUCUUGGACACACCAUUAAGUUUGGUACAAAGAGCCAUGCUGAAUGUGCUAGGUUCUCGCCAGAUGGGCAGUUUCUUGUCUCCUGUUCUGUUGAUGGAUUUAUUGAGGUCUGGGAUCACAUAAGUGGAAAGCUCAAGAAGGAUCUUCAGUACCAGGCUGAUGACAUUUUCAUGAUGCAUGAUGAUCCUGUCCUUUGUGUUGAUUUUAGCAGAGAUUCAGAAAUGCUUGCAUCUGGGUCACAGGAUGGGAAGAUCAAGGUUUGGCGGGUAAGAACUGGUCAAUGCUUGCGUCGUCUGGAGCGUGCUCAUUCUCAAGGUGUCACGAGUCUUGCCUUUUCUCGGGAUGGAAGCCAGUUACUAAGUACAUCCUUUGACAGCACUGCAAGAAUCCAUGGAUUAAAAUCUGGGAAGUUGUUAAAGGAAUUUCGUGGCCACACAUCUUAUGUUAAUGAUGCCAUCUUUACAAGUGAUGGAAGUCGUAUUAUUACUGCUUCCAGUGAUUGCACUGUGAAGGUCUGGGAUGUGAAGACCACAGACUGUCUACAGACUUUCAAGCCGCCUCCUCCUUUGCGAGGAGGUGAUGCUUCAGUCAACUCUGUUCAUCUUUUCCCGAAGAACACUGAUCAUAUCAUUGUAUGUAACAAGACAUCAUCGAUAUAUGUAAUGACACUUCAAGGACAGGUUGUGAAGAGCUUCUCAUCUGGUAAAAGAGAAGAAGGAGACUUUGUUGCAGCUUGUAUAUCUCCGAAAGGCGAAUGGAUAUAUUGUGUUGGUGAAGACAGGAAAUUGUACUGCUUCAGCCACCAAACUGGUAAACUAGAGCAUCUGAUGACGGUCCAUGAAAAGGAUGUAAUUGGAGUCACUCAUCAUCCCCACAGAAAUCUCAUUGCUACAUAUGGUGAAGACUGUACCAUGAAGUUAUGGAAGCCUUGAAUUUGUAUCCGUGUAGAUCACAUGUUCAUCCUCUUAACAAAGCAGCCGUUAGUUCUAAAGGUGCUAUUCUGUUAUUUAUUAGAUUUUUCUUAGAAGUUUUGACUUGAUUUGGUGCUAGAAUCUGUAAAUCAUUGCAUCGAGCACGUACUGUUCAAACUUGCUGCCUGACAAAAAAGUAGGUUCCAUUUUUUAUGUAAGCUAAGGAGAGGCUGGAGGCUUGUUCUUACUCAUGGCUUGAGAGAGUUGAAGAGUAUAUUUGCUCUGCCAUCCUUUUUGUAGCCCCACUAGAUGCGGAUGAACCUCUAUUUAAACCAUUGCUGAUGUUUUAUUGUUAUUUAGAAGCCUAAAUGUUUCUUUCUUUUGUGAA